AUGGACUACAAUUACGCCUCAUUAAGAAAGCUUUUGGUCGUUCUUUAGAGUUUCUCGAAAACUGAUUUUCCAGAAGAUCGGUCUUUGAAGGCCUAGCAGCAGCAUUCAUGGUGAUAUUCGGAAUCAGUAUCGUCGACUACCUAUAGUCCACUCGGUUUCGUUGAAAAAGCGAUUUAUCAGUUGAGGUACUUCCCUCAUCGAUUUUCUUUUCGGGAACGUGAUGCAAUCAAGAAAUCAUCAUUUACGCUCACUUGGAGAUCAACCUUUUCGUUCAUUUCUCACUUCUGUAGAUUUUUACUCUGAGAUUUUCACAAAAUUAACAUGUUUAGUCAUUUUUCUACAACUAAGAAAGGUUUUGAGUUUCACUACUCCUUCAUCCAGUUCCUCGAAUCGAAUCUUUGAAAUGAUAGCAGAAAAAAGAAUUUUCUGCCUUUCUUGCGAUUCCAAGAAAUCAUCAACAGUUAUGAUCCAUAAAAUAUCAGAUAUAAUAUGAAAGAAUCAAUCACAAAUAUGAUAACUAUAUCUGUUAUAAUAUCGUUUUAGGUUGAAAUCAAUCCAUUUCUUUUAAUUUCCAGUUUUAUGGCUUAAAACAGUUUCAUUGCUCUUCUAUUUCGAAAAAUCGCUUUAUUUCGGCAGCCAUUUUAUCGUUUUUAUAUAGUUUUUGAUCUGACAGCUAGUCUUUUGCAAAACUUCUGCUAGCCGUCAAUUGACGCCGUUUUUGGACGACUAGCGGAAACCAACCUCAACCUGUUUUUUGCUCCAAAAAUGAAAAUUUUCUUCAUGACUUAUUUGAUUGGUCAGUCCGCCAUUUUGUCUGUAAGGUUAUCCUAUUGAAGAACUCUUCGAUAGACUUCCUAGAUACCGCAUGUCUCGGUCACGCUAAGUACGCAUACAUGUGGAACGUGGAGAAAUGGUCCCUUAAUAUCUUACGGAUUAGUCAACGACAAGAAAAAUGAACUAGACAAUACACGCUAAUUCAUUUAACAAAAAACAGGCACGGAAUUAGAUACGUGUCACUGAAGCGGCGUCUAUCGUAACUUAAUCCAUUGGUCAAAAGAGCAUCGCAUUGAAGUUAAACUUGAAUCUAUAUAUGCUGUAAGAAUCAGAAUCCAUAGAUGCUAUAUGGAAGGUACAAUUGACUUAUUUUGUGGUUUUUUCAACAGUUUCUCAAAUGUCUCCCGCACUUCAGACAGAAUUGCAGAUUAAUAAUGACUGUUUAGUAUCGUAUCACAAUUUGCCAACUCUUUUCUGUUGUGGUACACUUGCAGAUUACGACGACUCAUCGAAUCGUUAGCAGAGUUCGUGAGCACUUUUCGUGCAUAAAACAGUCUUAGUCUUAGAGUUCGUGCAUUUUUUCGCUUUUUACGGACAUAAAUUCAUUGGAUAGUACUGUAGGAUAAUGAAUAUCUCAGUAAAUAUGACAGAUCGUAAAAGAAAGAAAACAGAAAUUGAAAUCCUGUCUCGUCCUUGUUAAAAUCCGAAACUUCCAUUCUAUGAAUUUGUGUUCUUAAAAAGUGGAGAAGGUGCACGAAAUAAAUCUUUUUUUUUGUCUGAAAGUACAUUAUUGCUCAGUAUUGCUAAUUAUUUUGGUACUCUGAUUUUAAUUUUGUUUGUGUGAUAAACAGCAGUUUUCGUACAUAAUGGAACAAAAAGAUGUUGAUCAUUCAAAUUAUAAUGGUGGAGAUGAUGAAUUCGAAUGGAUGGGAGAUGUAUCGAAAGAAGAGCUGGAAGCAAUAGAUGUGACUAACGAUAAAUUAUUAAAAAGUGAAAGAAAUAAUAAUAGUUCAACGAUAGAACAAAUGGAUCAACCGUGUGAUGAAGAUGCUACCGCUCAUAAUCUAUCAAAAAAACAGACAAAUUCUAAUCAACAACGUGAGAAACGAGCUCACAGAAAGAAGAAGACGUCAUUUAAUAAUCGUGCAGAUUUAACAAUGAGUAAUAAUAAUAAUUGUGGUAUCUACUCAGAAAAAUUGGCUAUGAAAUUAAAAUGGGCAGUUGAUGAAUUAACAAAAUCAAAUCAACCAAAUCGGAUAGCAGCACUUUGCACAGUUAUUACGAAACUAACAGAAUCAAUAAAAGCUUUGAAACAAUUAGAAAUGACAAACGAUUUAUUAUAA